AUGUCAAUAAAAAAAAUUUUCGAUCAAGAAAAAGACAGGAUUAAAAAUUUUGGCCGAGAAAUAAAACUAAAAGAUGAAUCAAUAUAUUUUGAUUUUUCUAAAACACAUGUUACAAAAGAAAUUAAAGAAAAGUAUUUUUCAAAAUUUAAUAAUCUUGAUAUUUAUAAAAAAAUUAAUGAUAUGUUUAAUGGAGAGAAAAUAAAUUAUACUGAAAACAGAGAAGUGCUUCAUACAUUAUUAAGAAAUAAAAAGAUUAUUAGUGCUUUACAUAAUAAAAAUUCAUCUGGUCUGAAUGAAAAAGAAGAAUUAGUUUAUGAUGAACUUUGCAAAAUGAAAAAAUUUGCUGACCAAAUAAAAAAUAAGAAAAUAACUGGAUGUACUGGUCAGCCAAUAGACACAAUUAUAAACAUAGGAAUAGGAGGUAGUGACUUGGGGCCAAAGAUGGUAUGCGAAGCUUUAGAAUAUUAUGCACAAAAGAAUAUAAAUGUACAUUUUAUCUCAAAUAUUGACGCAACUGCUACUUUAAAGGUGUUUAAUCUUAUAAAUCCUAAUACGUCUUUAUUUAUUAUUUGUAGUAAAACAUUUACUACAUUGGAAACAAUAAAGAAUAUGGAUUUAGCUUACAAGCUACUAGAAAGGAAAUUAAAUUUAAACAAAAAUUUUACAAAAGAGGAAAUUUUUAAUAAACAUUUUGUAGCUGUCAGCUCAAAUGUACCAGAAGUUAGAAAAUAUAAUAUUCAUAAUAUUUUUGCAAUGUGGGACUUUGUAGGUGGAAGGUAUUCUUUAUGGUCAGCAGUUGGUUUAUCUAUUGCUUGUUAUAUUGGUUUUGACAAUUUUUUAGAUUUACUUGAAGGUGCAUCGAUUGUCGAUAAUAAAUUCCGAAACAAUAAAAAUUGUGACAAUGUCGAAAUUUUUCAUGCCAUUAUCGAAUUAUUUUAUUCAGAAAACGGAUACAAUAAUAAAUGCAUAGUAAGCUAUGAUCAAUAUAUGGAAAAAUUUUAUUUAUAUCUUCAACAAGCUGAAAUGGAAAGUAAUGGUAAAUAUUCUGAAGAACUUGAUACUGGAAUGAUAAUUUGGGGAGGAAUUGGCACAGAUACACAGCAUUCAUUCUUUCAAUUAUUGCAUCAAGGUACAAGAAAAAUACUAACUGAAUUUUUAUUCCCAUUUAAGCCACUCCAUAGAGAAUUAAAUCACCACCAGAUGUUAUUAAGUAAUUGUUUCGCUCAAUCUAAAUCUCUUAUGGAAGGUAAAGAUGGUAAAAAAGGAGUAGAUUUUUUUGAAGGAAAUAAACCAUCCAUAACAAUUGGAUACUCAAAAUUAUGUCCUUUAGUCUUAGGAGGAAUUAUAGCGCACUAUGAACAUAAAAUUUUUGUACAAGGAAUAUUUUUAAAAAUAAAUUCAUUUGAUCAAUUUGGUGUAACGCUUGGUAAAUCAAUCGCAACAGAAUUGUUAAAAACAAUGGAGGGAGACAAUAAUCAAAUUUAUGAUGCAAGUACAAAUGAACUGAUAAAAAGAUGCCAAUAA